CCCCGCCCUCUCCGUGCCUCAGUUUACCCCUCUGCGCAAGCGGGCUAAGGCGCUCCGCCGCCCUCUGUAAAGCAAAGCGCUAGGGCGCUGGGACAUUAGAGGCGGGUCCAAUGUAUUUUGCUGAGAUCCAGUGGGCUCUGCUGGACCCCGCUCCGAGGCCCGUCUACAGGGACAUGGUUCCGGAGAACUACGGGACGCUCCUCUCUCGGGAUAGUGGAAUUAUUAACGCAGCCCUGCAGCAGGGAGGCCCAGAGACAGCACAGUCCCACGGGACGUUACCAGGGAUGAGAUCCGAAGGGAACGUUUACCAGGCCCCAGGCCACGCAGCCACCUGCCAGAGCCAAGCCAGGCCAGCGGGAAAGCCAUGGAGCAAAACAGCUGCCGACAGCGAGGGCCUGAAGAAACUCAAAGAGGGCAGCGCUGCCCUGCAACGGGUCCAGGCUCUGCAUCUCCCCCAGCCUGGGGGGAGCCAGACCGUGUGCACCCAGUGUGGGGGCAGUUUCGGCCAAAGUGUGCGCCCUGCCCAGCUGCCGCCGCAGCCACGGGUCCCGGCAGCAGAGAGAUUCUACCAGUGCCCCGACUGCGGGAAGAGCUUCUCGGUCAGCUCGCACCUGACCAUCCACCGGCGGAUCCACACGGGGGAGAAGCCGUACCGGUGCGGCGAGUGCGGGAAGAGCUUCAGCCAAAGCUCCACCCUGGUGCUGCACCGGCGCACCCACACCGGGGAGAAGCCCUACAAGUGCACCGAGUGCGGGCGGAGCUUCGCCGUCAGCUCCCACCUGGCCAAGCACCAGCGCACCCACACGGGGGAGAAGCCCUACCAGUGCCACCACUGCGGGAAGCGGUUCAGCCAGAGCUCCACCCUCAACCUCCACCAGCGGACCCACACCGGGGAGCGGCCAUACCGCUGCGCCGAGUGCGGCCGGGGCUUCUCCGUCAGCUCCCACCUGACCAUUCACCGGCGGAUCCACACGGGGGAAAAGCCCUACCGGUGCGGCGAGUGCGGCAAGAGCUUCCGCCAGCGAUCAGGGCUCAUCACCCACCAGAGAAGCCACGCAGCACAGAGACCCUACAAAUGGCUGGGGAGAGAGCAUCUGAAAGGACUGGAUCUGCUGCCGGUUAUUCCCAUUGUGCAUCGUGAGCCGAUCCCGCCUCUCCGUGUUCAGGCACAGAACCCCUGCUCCAGCGAGUGCAGUUGCUUGGUCUGUGAUUUCUUGCAGCAGUUGGCCAGCUUCAUGCACCCUCUCUACCACCUGCUCGUCCUCUUGGGAUUCCCAGCCCCCUGCCCCCACGACGUGCUGUUCCAGAUGAGGCGAAGGGAAGGGCCCUGUGUCCCGCAUCUCCAGGACUCCACGGAAAGGGUGGUCCUGAGGGGAACCCGUACAGGUGGCGGGAGUGAGCCUGAGGUGGGAGAUCUCUGGCAAGAGGCAGCACAGCCACACAGGAUGUCCACGAGAGGCUCUGCCAGGAACGAUCCCCGGGGCCCGGACCCAGAACUAGUCUGGGGGGCCGAGGCCGGGGGGCAGCAGGGGGACUCUGAAGUGGAGUGUCUGGGCCCAGCCUGGAGGGAUGAGGCUGAGGCCGGGGGCCAGGAGGGAAACUCCCCGGUGGAGCGGCUCGGCCAGGCCUGGGGCAGCGAGGCAGAGGACCAGCCGGGCCAGGCCCCUCCCUAUGCUGGCGCCUCGGCCCCCCGCCCGUCGCCGGGGAAGCCCUACAAGUGCACGGAGUGCGGCAAGGGCUUCAGCCAGAGCUCCCACCUGAUGCGCCACUUGGGCACCCACACGGGGGAGAAGCCCUACAAGUGCGGGGCCUGCGCCAAGAGCUUCACCCAGAACUCCAACCUGCUGCAGCACCAGCGCAUGCACACGGGCGAGAAGCCCUACCACUGCCCGCAGUGCGGCAAGCGCUUCUCCUGGAGCUCCAACCUCAUCCAGCACCAGCGCCUCCACACCGGCCAGAAGCCCUUCCAGUGCGCCCAGUGCGGCAAGCGCUUCUGCGAGAGCUCCCGCCUGCUGGAGCACCAGCGCAUCCACACCGGCGAGAAGCCCUACCGCUGCCCGCAGUGCGCUAAGAGCUUCAGCCGCAGCUCCCACCUCAUCCGCCACCAGCGCAUCCACACCGGCGAGCGCCCCUACAAGUGCACCCAGUGCGGGAAAAGCUUCAGCCAGAGCUCGGCGCUCAUCCUACACCACGGGACCCACGCGGCCAACCCGCUAUGA